AAAUGAAUUAGAAGAUAAAUGGGAGAUGAUGAAGGAGGUUUGGCUAGAGAUGCUUCUCUAUGCAGCUUUUUCAAGCAGCAACACUAGCCAUGUUAAGCAGCUGGGGGAAGGUGGGGAAUUCCUCUCACUUCUAUGGCUUCUUGGUGGCAUGAUGGUGGCGUUUAAAAUUAGUGAGAAUAGAGAUGCCUUCAAAGGCAAAGAAGCAAUCAAAGACACCUUCCCGCCAAGUUAUGAUCCAUCAGCUUCGCCACGAACACCGUCGGUGAUAUCUUUGGCGUCAGAAGUUAGUGAAGAAGAUCUCAGGCGCUCCCUUGAAGAGGCUUCUAGCCGGCUUCCUUCUCUCACUGGGAAAUCUGCUUUCAUUGGGCGUGUCAAUGAUGUUGAUUCAGAAUCCAAAGCAAGGCUUUAAAAUUUGGCUUCUAAAAUUUCCGUGGUCGCUAGCUGCUUCCCUUACACCCGGCUCUACUAUGUCUGUAAUUACAGUCCUCGUCUUGAUGUUGAAAUGUAAAAUUUCAACUUUUCUUAAAUUUAUGCUGCUGAUGUAUCCUUCUUAUCUUUUUCUUAGGUCUCACUUCCUGCUUUGGACAAUAAAAUUUCAGACAGCUU